GCAAGUGCUUUAAAGGUUCGUACGGAAGGUAGGCUGUUUUGAAUUUGAAUCUUUGUGAAGGUCGCACACCAUUUUAUUGUUGGAGCACUAGUUCGAAAGUGAUAUGGAUUCGUCUGCUACAUCACCAAAGAAAGCGAAGAAGACAGCAGCGCCCAAGAAGCCUGCCGCACAUCCUGCGUAUAAGGACAUGAUCGCGGAAGCAAUCAGAAUUCUGAAGGAGCGAAAUGGGUCAUCGCGACAGAAAAUUGCCAAGUAUUUACAAUCUAAUUACAAAGGUCUCGGUGAUGAGAGCGCUCUGAAGAGAAACCUGAAAGCCUCCUUGAAAAAACUGGUCGCUUCUGGCUCUCUCAUCCAAACGAAAGGGGUAGGGGCUUCAGGUUCGUUCAAGCUGCCUGCCGCUGCCAAGAAGCCUGCAGCAGUGAAAAAGCCAGCAGCAGCAAAGAAGGUUGCGAAAAAGCCAGCAGCGGCGAAAAAGGCUACUGCUAAGAAGGCUGCAACUUCAGUCAAGAAAAGCCCUGCAAAAAAGAAGGCCUCGACACCAAAGAAAGCCAGCGGAGCCAAUAAGUCACCAAAGAAGCCCAAGGCCAAAGUGGCAAAGAAGCCUAAAGUAGCUGCUGGUAAGAAGGCAUCAGCUGCUGGUAAGAGCAAACCCAAAAAGGCUGCCAGCAAAAAGACAGCAAAGUCACCGGCUGGGAAGAAAGUGAAGGCUGCAAAGUCAAAGAAGUAGAUUGCAUCAGUGGAGGAGGGCCAUGUUUCCCACUUACCACCUGGUUUACCAUAUAAACAAACAGCUUUUUUAAAAGCUACCAAAAAGUCGGUCAUCGGUUCUUGAUUAGCCUUGACGGCUGCAUUGAUAUCAUGAAAUUAAAUGUAGAGUUUUCAAGGCUGGUGGGCCCACAGUCACCUGCAUUUGUCACUUUUUUCUUUAUGAUGUACCUUCAUCAAAAUGAUUUACAAAAUAGGUAGCAGGAUUUAUCAUUUCACCUAAAGUUAUGUGCAUAGUAAACUAUUUUGAAAGCACAAUUGCCACUGUACACUAUCAUAAAAUUAGCAGAAGAUACACAUUUUUUCUGCAAAGUCUGGAGCAACUCAUAUUUUUACAGUAUUAUUAGUAGCUUUUAAGAAUGCCAAUUGUAAUAACAAUUGCCAGUUUACAUCCAAAGAAAUUUCAAGACUAGUUUGACAGUAUAGGUCCUUGAUGUGCUAUGUGACUAUGAUCAGCAUAAAAAAGAAUAAAUACAACACAUGAAUAUAUCAAAUAUUUUUGGUGAUGAAGUAUGCAAGCUUCAAUAUUUACAAAGUAGAUCUAAGGAUUCAUCAUCUCAUUAUUAGUAAAUUAUAUUGAGAACAAAAUUGCAAGUACACAGUAUCAUGUAGGUUAGCAGAAAUCGAAUUUAUCAUCUUAUCUUACACUGUCUAGAGAAAUUAAAACUGAAAUAACAAUUGCCCUCUUUGCAGCCAAACUUAUAUCAAGAAUUGUUAGACAGAAGGGGUUCUUGAUGGGUAAUGACCUUAAGCAUAAGCAUGUUGAUUGAAGAUUUAGUCUAUUCUUGUGAAGCCAGCUUGUGGUUACCUGUUGGGUUGCUUUUGAAGAAAAUUUUAAAGCUUACUUUUACAAUCAGAGUUUAUUUUAUGAAUGCAAGCAAUAUGUUCAGUGCCCUAAAUUGCUGAAAUUUUGAGGUUGAUUGUGAUAUGAAUCAAGUAGAGAGUAUAGGAGUGUGUCAUACAAUGUAAACAUUUAAUGGUUGAUGUAGCUAAGAUUUCUAUGAUUGGCACACUGUAAUAAAAAUUGCCUGGAAAUGAGCAAAUGAUACUUUAUAACUAAUGUUUUUCCCUUACACA